AUGGCUAAUCAUUUAGUACAAGCCGUGUUAUCAUUAGGGUUCUCGAUUGUUGUUAUUCUUUGUAUCGUGGCUUUGGUGGCUAGAAAUGGAUAUUUAGAGGAUGAUGAGCUGAUAAACACCAAGGCAGUCUGCAUCAUCUGUAAACCAACAGAGUACAAAGACGCAUGCAAAAAGGCAUUAAGCGAGGUGUCCAAGAACUCGUCGUCCACCAAGAAGGAUUACAUAUUUGCUAGCUUCCAUAGCAUCCAAAAGGGCCUUGAUAAGGCUUCUGAGUAUGCCAAGUCUGGUGGCUCGGAACUUAAGAACUGUGCGAAACUGUUAGGCGACGCCUCAGAAGCAUUGGAUCAGGUUCUUAAUGUGGCAACGAAGAGCAAAAUAGCGACUUUGGGAGAGCAGGCCGACCCGAUGCUUGUGUGGCUCACAGCUAUCCGUGCAUACCAAACCACAUGUGUCGAAGAGAUCAACGACGAAAAUCUCAGAAAGGAAAUGAAACAGGAAUUAGACGAUGCCAACAAACACACCUUUAAUACCCAAAAGAUCGUCUACUAUAUCUCUGAUAUCCUCAUGGAGUUUGGGGUUGACAUGGGUAAUUUCCAUUACGCAGGACACCGCAGGCUUCUUGAUCUUGAUGAGGAUGAUGAGGGUCCCGUUCGGUUUUCUGCUGCUGACCGUACCCUUCUCGGUGGUGGUUGCGACGACGAGGACGAGGAUGAUGAAGACGAAGACAAAGACAAAGACCAUGGGAUGUUUAAAAAAUACACAAGCCAAGACUACUUCAAAACUCCCGAACCUGAAAAACUUAAAAAGCUUAAAAAGGGAUCAACCAUGACACCCGAUGUGGUGGUGGCUCAAGAUGGCAGCGGUGAUUUCAAGACCAUCAAACAGGCCCUUGAUGGGUAUCCUUCAAAUCACAAAGGAAGAUAUUUCAUAUAUGUCAAGGCCGGUACUUACAAGGAGGGUCAGAUCACCGUGAAAAAGAACCAAUGCAAUGUUUAUAUGUAUGGUGAUGGUCGUGACAAGACCAUCAUCACCGGUGACAAGAGCCAAGAAAAAGGAAAGGUCGGGGCCACCCAGACCGCAACUUUUGUUGCUGAAGGCGAACGGUUCAUGGCAAGAGGUAUAGGAUUUAGAAACACGGCCGGUCCAGAUGGGAACCAAGCGGUGGCAUUCCGAUCCCAAGCCCCCAAUACUAUCAUGGUGGAUUGUAGCUUUGAAGGUUACCAAAACACUAUAUACUAUCAUGCCCAUGACCAGUUCUACAAGAAUUGCUCCAUCUAUGGAACUGUGGACUUUAUCACUGGAAGCGGGAGGGCUUUCUUCCAAGAUUGUGAGAUCUAUAUUAGGAAACCAGAAAAUGGCCAAAGCUGUUACAUUACAGCAGACGGAAAAAUGAAACAUGUAGAAGCUGCAGGUGUAGUGCUUCAGAAGUGUAAGAUCAAAGCAGACAAAGAACUAGAUUCGGCCAAGGGAGAAACCAAGAGCUACCUCGGUCGUCCAUGGAAGCCAGAUGCUACAGCGGUGGUGAUGCAAUGCAACAUAGGUGAUCUCAUUCAACCACAAGGAUGGAGCACAUGGCUUGAAACAAAGAAUCACAAGACGUGCAUGUUCAGAGAGUUUUACAACAAGGGACCUGGCUCUGACACCGAUGAUAGGGUCAAAUGGAAAGGAUUUAAGGUCAUCAAAGAUAAGAAAUAUGCCGGCUAUUUUACCCCUGACGCCUUUAUGGAUGCGAAAUCUUGGCUAAAAAGGUAUAAGGAUAUCUUUGCAAUAUUAGGUGUUACAAAUCUGCACGUUCUCUUAUUGGAUACGCAUAACGUCCCAAUAAGUGGUUAUUCAUUAUCAACCUGUGAAAGCCGAAAGGGUUUGUUCCUGUGCAAGGCAAUAGAGACGACACCUUUAGCGGCGACAUGUCGUUGCUAUUGGUGUCGAUCCGUUGACCCACAUUGGACGAAAUCUUGGCCCUACGAUUCUCAUGCGAUCCAACAGUCGAUAAUCUCCGGAAAAGGCGCGUUGAGUUCCCUCCAGAUUAUCGCCGCUAAUAGCCUCCAUGUCGUCGCUAUUAGCAUCGCCGCUAAAGGCAGCGACACCUUUAGGGACGAUAUUCACCGAUUGCGACAACAACUGAUUCCGGGAAGAGAAGCCAGAAAAACUCCGACCGGUGUCCGGAAAGUUAAUAUAGACGACAACAAUAGCGACGACAGUGACCAUUUAGUGACAACGCGUAUUAGAGACGACGUUAUUUGCGGCGACAAAAAAGUAUUAACUACGAGGUACUGGCGACGACGUGUUGUCGCUAAAGGUAUUAGCGACUAG